CACUGGAAAAAAUAAGAGCUAAGGAUUAACAACCCUAAAAUCAAUUAAAUCAACAACGCCUGUGGGGAAGCCUUCCAGAGCCAAAUCCAGCGCCAGCAGAAGCCCUCCAGAGCCAACACCCAAAUCCGCGAAGAAGCCUUCUAGCGCCAACUACGAGCCCGUGAACUAGCCUUCCGGAAAAUCAACAAAAAAAAAAAAAUCUUCAAAGCAGAGAUUUCAUGAAACCUUCAACCAACAUGGAAGAAAAAUUGGGAGAACAAAUGAAACAAGACUUCUGGAAGAAAUGGACAUCGGAAUAUCUCUCCAGAUUGCAACAAAGGAGCAAAUGGACGGAUAAAAAAGAAAACAUGAAAAUAGGAGAUAUCGAACAUUACAAACAGGACAACAUUAAUCCCAACUAUUGGCCCUUGGGAAGAGUGACGCAGUGUCACCCAGGAAUAGACGGAUUUGUGAGAGUAGCUACGAUACGAUGCAAAGAUGGGAAAGAGAUCAGAAGACCUAUAACCAAAAUCUGCAUACUCCCGGUCGAGCAAGAAGAAAGAAGAAACGAUAAGACGAGAGACCAACUCCGGACGUCAGCACCCAUUCAUGACCAUGCCCAAUAAGGCACUCGAUCGAGUGUCGCACGAAUUAGAAUUAGGAAAUUAGGAAAUAGGACAAUAGAAGUAACAGAUUGCCAACACUGGAGCUCCAACAUCAUAGCCUGCAGUAUUUCGGCCUUGGGAGUAAUGUUCGAAAUUCGAACAUUAUUCUAAAAAAUAAUCAAGUUCAAUAAUAUGGAAAAUUCCAUCUGAAUUAUUCACAAAACUGGGUCACGCCGAGCGAGCCGUCGAUCUACCGAAUUCUGCUGACUGGC